GACAGACACGCACUAAUGGCUGCCAUGGAAUAUGACUCAGUAGAGGAAGUUGAGAUGGAGCAGUCACAGGAACAAUAAAUACCUCCACCUUGCCUGGGCCCGGAGCCACAGGAGACCCUGCAGAAGGUGAAGAAUGUUCUGGAACAAUGCAAGUCCUGCCCAGGCUGCCCCCAGGAGCCAGCGUCCUGGGGUCUCUGUGCGGCAUCCAGCAACAUGAGCUUGCAGGAUCCUGAGGAGCCCUCCUUCUGCUUGGAAGCUGAGGACGACUGGGAAGACCCAGAGGCCAUGAGCUCACUGCUGCUGUUCCUGAACGCCCCCGGGUACAAGGCCAGCUUCCGUGGCCUGUAUGAUGUGGCGCUGCCAUGGCUGAGCAGCGUGUUCUGCAGCUUUAGCGAAGAGGAGCUGACUGGGCGCCUGGCACAGGCCCGAGGGGCGGCCAAGAAAGCUGGCCUCCUCAUGGCCCUGGCCAGGCUCUGCUUCCUCCUGGGGUGGCUGCGCUGCAGGAGGCUCAAGCUGUCCCAGGCCCGGGUGUACUUUGAGGAAGCACUGGGGGCCCUGGAGGGAAGCUUCGGGAACCUGUUCUAGGUGGUGGCUGUGUACGCCAACCUGACCAGCAUUUACCGGAAGCAGAAGAACCGGGAGAAGUGUACACAGGUGGUUCCCAAAGCCAUGGCCCUGCUUCUGGGGAUGCCUGGCCACAUCUGCAGCACUGAGGCAGAGGGGGAGCUCCAGAAGCUGGCACUGCGGUGGGCGGUGGGCGGCCAGAACCUGCAGGCUGAGGCGUGGGCCUGCUUCCUGCUGGUCAGGCACCACGUGUACCUCAAGCAGCCCGAGGAGGCCCUGCCCUUCCUAGAGUGGCUGCUGCUUUUGCACAGGGACUCAGGAGCCCCAAAGGCUGCGUAGCUCUCAGACCGCUCCCUACUCCUGGCUGACAUCUACAGCCGCAAGUGCCUGCCCCACCUGGUGCUGAGCUGUGUCAAGAUGGCCUCAUUGAGGGCACAGGACUCGUGGGCCUGCUCGCUGAGGAGCAUGAACCUGGUGCUCCAGAACGUCCUCCAGCCCUACAACCUCCCCACCCAGACUUCCCACUACCUCAGGCGAGCGCUGGCCUCCCUAACCCCAGGCACAGGCCAGGGAGUGCGCAGCCUUCUCCACGUCAGCCUGGCCCAGCUGUACAGCCACCAUGGCUACCAUGGCCCGGCCAUCACCUUCAUGAUGCAAGCCAGUGCUGUUGCCAGAGUCCGUGCCAUUGUGGACUGCCUGGUGGCUCUGGCCUGGCUGCAUGUGCUUCAUGGGCAGGGCCCGGUGGCCCUGGACAUCCUGCAGUCUGUCCAGGAUGCAGUGGUGGCCAGCGAGGACCAGGAGGGCGUGAAUGCCAACAUGGUGGCCGUGGCUCUGAAGAGGAUGGGCUGGACGAGGCAGGCAGCCAAAGGCUACUACCGUACCCUGCGGGCGGCUCGGGACCUGGGCCUGCGGAGGAACCAGGCAGUGGUGCUGGCCAACUUCGGGGCCCUGUGCCUGCACAUGGGUGCCAGCAGGCUGGCCCAGCACUACCUCCUGGAGGCCGUGCAGCUGUUCUCGAGGCUGCCCUGCAGGGAGUGUGGCCGGGACUUCACCCACGUGCUCCUGCAGCUGGGCCACCUCUGCACCCAUCAGGGCCCGGCCCAGCAGGGCAAGGGCUACUACGAGUGGAUCCUUCUGGUCGCUGUAGAGAUGGGCCACCUGGAGACCCCUGUCCUUGGGAUCAUUUGGUUCCUUGGCAUCAGAUUCUUUGAGCUGCUGGGCCUGGGGUCGUCCCAGGGUGUGGAUGGCCCGGCCUACAAAUCCGCUUUGGACUACACGAAACGAAGUCUGGGGAUUUUCGUCGACCUCCAGAAGAAAGAGGAGGCGGCACAUGCCUGGCUGCAAGCAGGGAAGAUCUAUUACAUCCUGCAGCAGAGCAAGCUGGUGGACCUGUACAUCCAGGUGGCACAGAAUGUGGCCUUGUACACAGGCGACCCCAACCUCGGGCUGGAGCUGCUUGAGGCAGCUGGAGACAUCGUCCAUGGGGCCUGGGAGCGGGAGAAAGCCGUGUCCUACCGGGACCGGACCCUGCCCCUGGCAGUGACUACGGGCAACCGCAAGGCAGAGCUGAGGCUAUGCAACAAGCUGGUGGCACACCAGGAGGGCUUGGAGUUUGCCCACAUGGCCCUAGCACUCAGCAUCACCCUGGGUAAGAGGAGGAACCAGCGCAUGGCCUACCACCGGCUGGGCCAUGGCAAGCUGGCGGAGCACUUCUACCUCAAGGCCCUGUCGCUCUGCAACUCGCCGCUGGAGUUCGACGAGGAGACCCUCUACUACGUGAAGGUGUACCUGGUGCUCAGUGACAUCAUCUACGACCUGAAGGACCCGUUUGAUGCAGCCGGGUACUACCAGCUGGUACUGGCAGCCACCGUGUGCCUGGUCAACAAGAAGGCACAGCUGAAGAUCUACACGCGGCCGGCCACCAUCUCCCACAGCUUCCUCCUGGACCGCGAGAAGUCGCUCUUCUUCUACCAGAAGGCCAGGACCUUCGCCACAGAGCUCAACAUCUGCAGGGUCAACCUGCCUCCUCUGCCACUCUGCGGGUGGGCCCCCUGGUUGGCCCCAGCCACCCUUGCUGAGGACAGCAUCCGAGGAAGUGGGUUUGUGCGGGGAAGAUGGUCUCCUGCCUCUCCUGGUGUCUCCCGUGGCUCAUUUUCUGGGAAAUGGAGGCAUGAAAGCAGGGGUCAAAUAGCAAUAAAUGGGGCAGCAGAGAGCUUUCUAGAACCGGCCGCGGGGCUGGCGGGGAGCAGCGGGUCAGAGCUGCUGACAAACCUCAUGUUGACCCCAGAUCGCUGUCUCUGUGGGUUGGGCUUGGGAACUGGAGGCCGCAUGAUUGGAAAUAUGAAGAUGGCUCGGCCUGGCUGGAGCAGCGGGAAGCGCCCUCACGUUUACUGA